AUGGAGUCGUCGCCGGCGCCGUCCGUGGACAAGUCACACUUCUACGCCAUGAUCGACUACAGCAUAAACGCCAACCCCGGCUCGCUGGAGAGCGACUUGGUCCAGGCGAUACAGGACGGGGAUGUGGACGGCAUCAAGGAGAUGGUGAGUGAAAUGGACGAAGAGGAAAGGGCAGAGCUUGCUGACAUGGAUAUAUGUGGCUCUAGCUUGCUACACCUGGCCGUAUACCUCGCUCAACUGGAAGUCUGCAAGUACUUUGUGGAGGAGCUCGGGUUUGACGUCAAUGCCGGUGCCCUCUGCGGCGGUGUAACACCUCUGAGUUCUGCAGCAUUGUUUGGAGAAGUAGUUAUUGCCAGAUAUCUUCUUGACCAUGGAGCUGAUCCGAAUAAGAUAGAAAAUUCAGGCUCUGUUGCUCUUCAUAAUGCUGCAAAAAAUGGGAAUGAGGGAGUAGUGCGUUUGCUGUUAUCUAGAGGGGCCAGAGUUGAUAUAGCUGUCGCUCAUGGCACACCACUGCAUAUUGCUGCUUCCUAUGGGAAGACUAGUGUUUUGAAGACUUUAUUGGAUCACCAUGCUGAUGCUGGUGCUAAUGUGAAUUAUGCUAAUCCAAACACUCCCUUGGUGGUGGCAACUAUGCUUGGCUUGGCUGACUGUAUUAAGUACUUGCUGGAGGCUGGCGCGAACCCUAACAUUUCAGAUAAACAGGGCCGUAUGCCAAUACAAAUUGCUGCAAGCUUUGGAAGAAGAAGCCAUGUGGACAUUCUAUUUCCUUUCACUUCCCCCAUCAGAGCAGUGUCAAACUGGACUGUUGAAGGAAUUAUUGCUCACGAGAAAUUAAAUUGCUCAAUUCCCAAGGAUGAGUCUUGUCACAAGAUCGAGGAUAGAAUAGCUGAGCUGAAAUCUCAAGGAAAAAAGGCAGUUAAGAGAAAUGACUUCCUUGGUGCGUCAAACCUCUACACAAAGGCACUUGCGCUAAACUAUUUUGAUGAAACGUUGUAUUCAAAUAGGAGCCUUUGCUACCUAAAAAUUGGCAAAGCACGUGAGGCUUUGUUUGAUGCUGAUGUAUGCAUUGCAAAACGACCCGAGUGGGUGAAAGGAUACUACCGGAAAGGAGCUGCUCAUAUGUCGCUCAAGGAGUACGAGGAAGCAUCCGAAGCUUUCCAGGAUGGACUCGAGCUGGAUCCUGGGAAUGCCGAGAUGGAGAAACUGUUGUGGGAGGCUUGUAAGGCCAUGGGAAAGGACCAUCCUGCUGGAGGAAGUAUCAACUCAGCAGAUUAG